CACCGCAUAGGUCUUACCCAGACACUACCGCACCUUCUCUCAUUAUUUUUGCCAAGUUCACACACAAAAGGCAAAUAUUCAGCAAUAUGGGCUGAGGAUAAUGUACAUCUUCUAACAGCAAACAUAAUAAUUUUCAUCUUGCAGUGACUGGAAAGCAGAACUUAGCAGUCAUUGGAAGAGCAUGUGAGAAGAAAGACUGGUGGAGAAAGGCUUGGAAAACUUCAGUUUGUGCAGUUCUGACUGGCUCAUUGCUAUUAUUUCUCUUAAUCAUUCAGUAAUUUUUGAAGUCAUGAAGGAAUUUCAAAACAAUCAGGACUCCUGAAAAUUGGAGGAACCCUGCUGCAUUACAUUAUGCACUUUGCCACUGCCUGCCCAUUCUCUGCAGGCACAGGAGAAAGUGGAAAGAGUACAUUCAUUAAACAAAUGAGGAUUAUCCACGGAUCAGGUUACACAGAAGAAGACAGGAAAGGCUUCACAAAACUGGUUUACCAGAAUAUAUUUACUGCCAUGCAAGCUAUGAUCAGAGCCAUGGACACUCUGAAAAUACAGUACACAUCUGAAGAAAAUGAGGAGUGUGCUCAAAUUAUCAGAAGAGUGGAAGUGGAUAAAGUGACAGUGCUGGAAAGAAAACAGGUUGAAGCAAUCAAGAAUCUUUGGGAAGACCCAGGAAUUCAAGAGUGCUAUGACAGACGGAGAGAGUACCAGCUCUCAGAUUCUGCUAAGUAUUAUCUUACUGACAUUGAUCGUAUUGCUAUGCCCUCGUUUGUGCCAACUCAGCAAGAUAUUCUUAGAGUCAGAGUGCCAACUACAGGAAUUAUCGAGUACCCUUUUGAUUUAGAAAAUAUUAUAUUUAGGAUGGUGGAUGUGGGUGGCCAAAGGUCAGAAAGGAGGAAAUGGAUUCAUUGUUUUGAAAGUGUUACUUCCAUCAUAUUCUUAGUGGCAUUAAGUGAAUAUGAUCAAGUAUUGGCAGAAUGUAACAGUGAGAAUCGAAUGAAAGAAAGCAAGGCCUUAUUUAAAACCAUCAUUACAUACCCGUGGUUUCUGAAUUCUUCAGUCAUUUUGUUUUUAAAUAAAAAAGAUCUUCUAGAAGAGAAAAUCAUGUAUUCCCAUCUAAUUAGCUACUUUCCAGAAUACACAGGACCUAAGCAAGACGUCAAAGCUGCAGGAGACUUCAUUUUGAAGCUGUAUCAGGAUCAGAAUCCUGAAAAGGAAAAGGUCAUCUACUCCCACUUCACCUGUGCCACAGACACAGAAAAUAUUCGUUUCGUCUUUGCUGCUGUCAAGGACACAAUCCUACAACUAAAUCUGAGGGAGUUCAAUCUGGUUUAAAUUAAAUACGUGUUUGCAUCCAUAAGGUGUGAUUUACUGAAAGCACAGCAUGUGUUGACUGAAAAAGAGGUGUCUUAUAAAUUCCAGGGAUGAGAGGAUGGUUUUAUAUUUAUUGAAAUACAGAUCAAGAGAAGUAUUAAGUCUGAGUUUCCAAGUUUACUUUUUAGCAUACACAUUUAAAAUUCUAUUUUCCAUAUUAGUUUCAUCUGUGAGUUACUUUGUGACUGCUGUGGAAACUAAGUAUACUAAAAAAUGCACACAGCUACAUCACUCCCCAAGCUGUAUUUGCUUUUCAUUCUUCAUUUUGUUUUUAGUUUUUAAAAUAAUCUUAUCAUUUACCAUCACAGCUUAUCAUUUCUAAGGCAUCACUGGUAAGCCAGUGUUAUUUUAAGGAGGAAGGUCUUUUAAAAAUUCUUGUUCUAAGCAAUAUGGUUGAAAGACUAGGGCAAGGAUAAACAUGCUAAACUUUUUAGAAAUAUGUCCUGAUUGUUUUGAUAGAAAAAACUCAUGGCAUGUUCCUAGGAAGCAUUACAGAUUAUUAUUUAUUCUGAUUUUAAUAUAGCCUUGCAUUCCUGUUUAGAUGUCUAAUAAUAAUAGCAUAUCAUUUGCAGUUAAAGAAUGAGAGAUUUGCACCUUGUAGGUACCCAGUGGAGUUUGCUGUUUUCUUAAGGGAAAAAGGUUUUCUCAAAUAGCAAGUUAUGUAGUGAAUGUUCUCAGCACUCACUGCUUUAGUGACUGGUGUAUCGCCCACACGGUAAUCCAGUCCUUACAUUCCUUCAAAUCAAUAAAGUAACUUGCACUAACUGCUUUUCAUACCUUGCACUUUCCCUUCACUGAGUUGCACAGGUAGUUUUACAUGGAUUAGAGAGAAGAAAAACCUCUCCUCUAGAGAUUUCCAGCCAUCACUUCUCCACUCAUUCAGCUACAAAUUUCUCCAUUAAUGAUGGCAGCUUCAUUAGUAGCUCAAUCAGUUUUCAUUCACCCAGUCAAAAAUUCUCAGACAAACAACAUCUUAAGGACGUUAGACUGGAAAACUCUUUUUACCCAUUAUAAAACCCCAUUGGUAGUCAAUGGCGUUUAAUCAUCUAACCCAGGAGCACUCAUAAAGGACUUGUUUUAGUGGGACCUCCUGCUAAUAGCAUUCAUUCUGCUCCAAAAAUGUGCUUAGAUUCUCUAAGAUUUCUUGUCUUGAAAUCCAUAUCUACCGAAGCUCUACAUUACUUCCAAACUUCUAUUUAUAAGAACACAAAAGGACUAAAAUGCCAACUUUUCCCAGGGCAGCAGAUUUAAUGGAGGAAAGCACAUAAAAUGUCCAAGUGGUUGAACGACUUGAUUUCUGCAAAAUUCAGUGGAUAGAAGUCUAGACUCUCUGCUUCAUACCUGAGUCAAAGUUUGCUAUCUACCUGAAAAGUACCUUGAUGUCAGGAAUCCAGGAGUUGGGUUUUGCUGGAGUACAAGCACAGAAUGACCUCCACAUUUUACCAAACCCAUCAGUAUGAGCUCUUAUUUAACACUUUGCAAGCAAUGCUUUAAAGCAUCUUUAAGGGUACUACUGAAGUCAUGAAUCUGCAUAUAAUAGUCUGCAUGACACAGGAAAUGAAUACUUGGAAAGAUUAAAAAAAUGUGGAAGAGACCCAGCAAAAUGAAAAUUCAGUUUCACUCCUAUUUCACUGUUACUCUCCUAUCAUCAAACCUGUUUAACAGCCACCUUUGUUUCAGCCCUUGAUACAUUAUUCAGGAGAUGAAUGACCAAAAAUAAAUGGUAUGGAUGCUCUUAUACUCCUUGUAGGAGGGAACUUAAAAGUGAAUUUACUCAUUCUUUGAAGUAUUAAAACAAAACAUAGAAUUCUUUUAUCAGAUGUGCCCUGCAAACAAAAAGUUCUAUUCUAAAAUCUUGUGUCUGCUGUGAGUGGAAUUUUAGAUACUUAGAUCUCAUUUAGAGUCACAAAAGCAAAACCAGUGACAAAGACUGUGAUUGUACUUCUUGUGCCAGAUAAUAAAACUUAAGCUCUUCAAUGAUACUUAUAUGUAUAUGUACACAUGUAAGGAAAGUCCAAAGGAAUCUGUUGGUAAAAAUAGCAGUCAAAUCUUAAAUGGGCAAUAAAUGGGCAAAUCCAAAGGAAGCAGAAGGUGUUUGUUAUGUGCUAAUUCAUUCCGUUUUGGACAGAAAAGCAUAAGGCUCUCAAGCAUGUAAUACACCAAAUAUAAAAAUCUGCGUUUCAAGAGAAGAUAAUGCAAACAUUUUCUGUAUGGAAACUAUAAUAUGCUAUGUAAAAUUUUCACCAGUUUCAUGAGACAAACAUUUUAAUUAAACUCAUCCUACCAAAGGUAAAGACUA